AACAGGGUCAUUAGAUAGAUGGAUAGAUAGAGUCCCUUCAGUCAACCUCUAAUGUCUUCUUCACUCUCCCACUUUUGUUUCAUUUUAAACCAGCAAUCCCCAAAUUCUCUCUUUCUCUCUCUCGUGUUCUAUCACAAUCUCAUAUACCCUCAUAUCAGUCUCUUCAUUUAAUUCUUAGCAUCAAAAUUUCCAUUUCUAUAAUCUGAACUACUUCCAAUUCUUUCAAUACAUCAUCUCUAUCUCAAAUUUAACUUAUAAGAAACCCAUUAAGUUGUUCUCUCCAUUCUUCACUUCUCUCUUAAAAUAUGUGGAUGAUGGGUUAUAGUGAUGGGUCAGAGUUUAACAUGACGGAUUCCUUCAACGGCCGCAAGCUCCGACCAAUCGUUCCUAGACCCAUGUCCGGUUCUUUAACUACCAACAACAACGGACCUUGCUUUCGAACUAUUAAUGGCCCUCAUGAUCUUCUCUCAUUCAAUCACCAUUUCGCAAAUGGGAUGGGGCAUGAACAAGGGAAGAAAGAGCUGACCGGCCCACAACAACAACAACAACAGCAGGUUGUGGUGAGUUCGAGGUGGAAUCCGACGCCGGAGCAGUUACAAACACUUGAGGAAUUAUACAGGAGAGGGACACGAACGCCGUCCGCCGACCAAAUUCAGCACAUAACAGCUCAGCUCCGACGGUUUGGUAAGAUCGAGGGAAAAAACGUGUUCUACUGGUUCCAAAACCAUAAAGCUAGAGAGCGUCAGAAACGGCGACGUCAACUUGAAACUUCCUCAACUGAGGAGAAUCAACAACAAAUGCACGGUUGCAUCAACGAUUUGGAAAGGAAAGAAUCAGGAGGGGUGAGCAGCUGUAGGACAGUGUUUGAAGUAGAACAGACCAAGGGCUGGAUACCCUCUACAAACUGCAGUACACUUGCAGAGAAAAGUAUUUCACUGGAAAAAGGAGCAAAGACAGGAUCAGAAUGUAGAAGAGCAGAUGGAUGGGUACAAUUCCAUGAGCAAAGAGAAAUACUGCACCAUCAGCUGAUAGCUAAUAGCAGCCUGCAGAUGGAGAAGAAUGCCACGUGGCAGAUGAUGCAAUCAGCUCCCACCCACCACCUCUUAAACACUCAUUUGAAUAUCCCUCAUGCUAUUACUACUACAACUUCCCCUAUAACCACUAUGUCUCCUUUUAGUCAAGACCAAACAAAUACAAUUUGGUCAAAAAUGGGUCCAAAGAUAUUUAUUCCACAAACCCUAGUUUCCGGCCACAACCCUAAUCGAGUAGUCACAUCUUCGGCCGAAGAGUCUCAGACCCUUCAAUUGUUCCCCCUCGAGGGCAUGACCCGGGAGGAAGAAGCUAUGAAUGGGAAGCUGACUGAAGCUUCAGCAGACAUUGAAGGAGAGCUUAGUAGUGCCCCGUACCAGUUCUUUGAAUUCCUUCCGUUGAAAAAUUGAUUAUAACCAUUUGAGCUAUGUAAUGUAAAAGCUUGGUUUUGAUAGUGACUCAUGUAUGCUAUCAAAGGGUGAUGGGAUUUAUUUAGAUUUUGUAUGGUUGACAUUAAAUGCAUGGAUGUGAACUUUUCAUGGAAGAUGGAAAGUUAGAGAAUAUGAAAGGGGAGUAAUGAAGGUUGCCUUAAAAUGCAAUUGGAC